UCAGACACGCCAAAGAGAUUGUCGCGUGGUGGGUGGGUACUAAUACCACAAGCCUACAGUUCAAUUCUUCUGGAUCGAUUCUUCUUCAGUCGUCCACUCUGUUAAUACGACCAAUACAUUCCCACACAAACAACAGACAACUCCACAGUCAUCCGAUCAAUCUUCAUCAUAGCCAUUAUAUAUAUCUAUCGAUUCAUAACAGCCCACAUGGGUGUUCAUCAACACCAUAGCCACCACCACAACACCGCCACCGAUGGCGUUUCUCAGCGCGUUAACAGCCCACGAUUCUCGGGACCCAUGACUCGCCGAGCCCCAUCCUUUAAGCGCGGCAAUAACAAUAACAUCCACCAUGAGAUCGACCUCCAGUUGAACUCACCCAGAUCUGAGCUCGCCACCAACUCGGCUUCUGUUGAUGGGUUUGAGUCUGCGCUAGAAAAGAAGCAGAGCCAUUAUCAUCUUAUCCAGAGAGGUCAUGUGAAGAAGCAUAUUGGAUCAAUUGCGGUAGAUUUGGUUUUGAGACAGAAGAAGAAGUUGGGGCAUUGGAUGUUCUUUGUGUUUUGUGGGGUUUGUUUGUUUAUGGGUGUUUUCAAGAUUUGUGCUAAUGGGUGGUUUGGAUCUGUGAUUGAAAGGGUCGGGUCCAAUCAGGAUAUGACCGAAUCCUCCAUUUCUCGUCUGGAUCCAAUGGACCAUGGCUCUCAUGAUGGAUAUAGGGAGGGAAAAAGUGAUCCUGAUGAUAGAGGAAGUGAUGUGGAACGAACUUUAAUGAUGGUAUCAUCAGGUGUAGUUGGUAGGCAGAACAGCAUAGCCCAACAUUCAGGUAUUUGGUCCAAACCCAACAGUGAGAAUUUCACUCGGUGCAUUGACCGGUCAAAAAAUCACAAAACAGAGCUGGAUGCGAAGACAAAUGGGUAUCUUCUCAUAAAUGCUAAUGGUGGCUUGAAUCAGAUGAGAUUUGGGAUCUGUGAUAUGGUUGCUGUCGCUAAAAUUAUGAAGGCAACACUUGUCCUUCCUUCACUUGAUCACACCUCCUACUGGGCUGAUGAAAGUGGCUUUAAAGAUCUGUUUGAUUGGCGAUACUUCAUUGAGACACUCAAGGAUGAUAUCCAUAUAGUUGAAACAUUACCUCCUGCUUAUGCUGAAAUCGAGCCUUUCACCAAAACACCAAUAUCUUGGUCUAAGGCUAGCUAUUAUAAAUCAGAGGUUCUCCCACUUUUGAAGCAGCACAAAGUUAUGUAUUUUACUCACACCGAUUCUCGAAUUGCCAACAAUGGUCUCCCGCAUUCCAUACAAAAACUGAGAUGCCGUGUAAAUUACAGGGCAUUGAAAUAUUCAGCCCCAAUAGAAGAACUCGGAAAGAUCUUGGUUGCAAGAAUGCAACAGAAUGGAUGCCCUUAUCUUGCUCUCCAUUUAAGGUAUGAGAAGGAUAUGCUUGCAUUUACAGGCUGCAGUCAUAAUUUGACAGCAGAAGAAGAUGAGGAACUCCGCAGGAUGCGGUAUGAGGUCAGCCAUUGGAAGGAAAAAGAGAUUGAUGGGGCAGAGAGGAGGAAGCUUGGUGGGUGCCCAUUAACCCCAAGGGAGACUUCCCUUUUGCUCAAAGGGCUGGGUUUCCCAUCCAGCACUAGGAUAUACUUGGUAGCUGGCGAAGCUUAUGGGAAUGGAAGUAUGCAAUAUCUCAUGGAAGACUUCCCGUACAUCUAUACUCAUUCUACUCUUUCAACAGAAGAAGAACUGAAUCAGUUCAGGAAUCACCAAAACAUGCUAGCUGGUUUGGACUAUAUUGUUGCCCUCCAAAGUGAUGUUUUUGUUUAUACCUACGAUGGGAACAUGGCGAAGGCAGUUCAAGGUCAUAGGCGCUUUGAGGACUUCAAGAAAACUAUCAGUCCAGAUAGGAUGAAUUUAGUAAAACUUGUUGAUGAGUAUGACGAAGGAAAAAUCUCUUGGAAUAAAUUCAGUUCUAAAGUGAAAAAGCUUCACAAAGAUCGAGUUGGAGGUCCAUAUUUAAGGGAGUCGGGCGAGUUCCCAAAACUAGAAGAGAGUUUUUACGCGAAUCCCCUUCCGGGAUGUAUUUGUGAAACAACACCGAAAGAGUAAAGAUUAAAGUUACACUUUCGUGCUGUUUGAUUAUACAGUUUUGAGUUCAGCUGCGGGAGGGGAGAAUCAAGGAUUUUUUUGGGGAGUGGAAGUCUUAUAAUUUCAUCCUCGAGAGAAAAUCAAUCCAUCAUUUUGGAGAUGUACCAGCUCAGAGGGAAGAAAUGCAAAGCGUACCAUGGAACCACUACUACGACGAGUUUAAGGAAAUUGCAGCUUGAUUUGAGGGUCUGCUGAUGAGUAAGGUAGAUAAUUCUUGAAUGAAAUACAUCAGAAAGUUCAUUCUGUGGAUUGGAUCUCUUUACGCUGAAUUACAUUUCCAAGAGUGAGAUGUGACUUUUUCCAGGAGGUGAUAUACCAUACUUUUACGUGGUUAGAAAAAACACUGAAAAUACGAGGGGAAUUGGAGAUAUGCUAAACAGAUUGUUUCUUCUGAAUAUCAAUGAUACCAAAAUAAUUCUCUAAAGCUGUUUUUUUCUUUUCUUUUCUUUUCAUCCCUAUAUGGUUAAGAAAAAACAAAUGUUCAUAUCUUGCAAUAAAAACGUCGAUUUGGCUUUGA